AUGCACUCGGCUCAAGACUUUUUCCACCCUCAAGGCAACGGCGGCUUGCAAGGCUCCCCGUAUCAAUACCCCCCUCAAGCGCCAGGCAACACCCCUAACGCGAUGAAUCCACCCACCCGCUCGGGCUACCAUGCAAAUGGUCUGCCUGCGUACCAAUAUUCGAACGCGUCUCUGCACCCCUACGGCCACUGGGUCAACUAUCCCCCCCCGGGAGCCUCCCAGCACCCCUCGCUUCAGUACAGCCCCUUCCAACAACUCCCUAUCUACUCUGUCCCGCCGCCGCCGACCCAGUACACACCACCCGGACUCUUAUCCCCCCGUCAGCAACGCUCGCCAUCCCCUCAGAUCGCCCACUUGCCAGGCGCCGGUCUGCCGUACAAUAGCAGCCCCCAUUCCCAGUACAGUGAGCUUCACUUGCCCGCGGCUGGUUCUGUGUCCCCCCACGCCGUCAACACCUCCGACGCCGUCCAAGACCCACACGAGCAGGCUAUCGAAGACUCGGCGAGGGAGGCUGCCAUGGCUGCUUGCCAGUGGAGGCUUUCCCUGCCUCCUGCUGGCGACCCGGUCGAAAACGUCGAUGAAGACGAUGAGGACGACGCCGACGAGGACGAUGAGGAUGACGAAGACGAGGACGCCUCACUGGACCCACCGGCCAACGAGUCGUGGUCGGAACGUAACCCCAAUCACCCUGUCCUCCCUACCAGAGCCAAACGACCUCCCCUGACCCCCGAGCAGAAGAUCGAACGCGACGCGCGUCGCGAGCAAAAGGCCCAGCGCUACGAGGCCCUUCGAAAAGACAUCCACAAGCUCCUCAUCCCUCCUGGGGAGAUCGAGCGGCUGCACGCCCUGCACGACAUCCCCGUCAAGACCAUCGAGGACAUGGUCUUCCGCAUGCAAGACAAGAAGAACCGCACGGUCCGCCUCUACAACGCCAAGUUGCAUCACGAGAAGACCAAGAUCACCUACCCGCAUAACCUUUUAGAGGGCCUUACAGCCGCUGAGAAGACGAAAUACCUUCAUGCCUUCAUCAAGGCAAAGGCGUACACCGAGGAGGAGGAUACAGAGAUGCUCAGGGCAUUAGAGGAGCAUCGCAAUCGAGUCAAUGGCUCUGUUCGCUGCUCCAACUGCGCCGCAAGUCAGGAGUUCACGCAUGCGAGUAGCAAGUGCAUUCAAACGUUUGACGCGUGCCGUACCCACACAGGCUCUUACGGUGCAAUGUUCCUCGUACGAGGGCACGUGAAUGACCCCAUGCAGCCGAUUGCGUACGCGACAGACAACUCGGAGGAUUUCUUCGAGAGGGUAUUUGGCAAGACGUUGGGCGAGAUAGCCCGGCUUUACGAGCAGUGGGCAUGUACUCAGGACGAAAAUCUCGACGAGCGCGAGCGGCGUAACAAGCUUGUGGCCAACCAGACGCACUGCGCCUCUGCCAUCACUGAGCAACUUCAGUACAUGACAGGGGCGUCCACAAAGAUGAACUACAAGAACUACCAGAAGAAGAUCGUCGAGACUCACGGAAUCAAGGUUGUCGGCUGGCCCGACGGUAUGACGAUGAGGCGGCCUCACCUCAUCACUACAGUUGACGACAUUCGGCGCCUGCGCGAGGCUCUCGACAGCGAGAAGUGCUACUGGGAGAGCCUCGAUGGCAAGCGCAACUCGAAGGCGAGCAGCCGCAAGUCCAGCGGCAAGCGCAAGAGGCAGCCGGAGCCAAAGCCUGCGGCGACGAAGAAGGGAAGAAAGGCCGCGUCCCCCAAGAGUAGCGAGUUCAUUGAUGACUCCAGCGAGGAGUGA